GGCCUGAAGCAAUGUCCUCCGUAGAGAGAAACAUAAAGGACACUUAAUCGCACAGUCCUUGGAAUUAUUUCCAGGAAACACUUGCAGAAGCCAUUUGGGAGUCCUGGCGGCACAGUCAGGGGCGGCCAGGAAAUGAGCGCUUCUCUGAAUUACAAGUCUUUCUCCAAAGAGCAGCAGACCAUGGAUAACUUGGAGAAACAGUUGAUCUGUCCCAUCUGCCUGGAGAUGUUCACGAAGCCCGUGGUCAUUCUCCCCUGCCAGCACAACCUGUGCAGGAAAUGUGCCAGUGACAUCUUCCAGGCCUCUAACCCGUACUUACCCACAAGAGGAGGCACCACUGUGGCAUCAGGGGGUCGAUUCCGCUGUCCCUCCUGCAGACACGAGGUGGUGUUAGACAGACACGGGGUUUAUGGACUUCAGAGGAACCUGCUCGUGGAAAACAUCAUCGACAUCUACAAGCAGGAAUCCACGAGGCCAGAAAAAAAGUCCGACCAGCCCAUGUGUGAAGAGCAUGAAGAUGAACGCAUUAACAUCUACUGUCUGAACUGCGAGGUGCCCACCUGCUCUUUGUGCAAAGUGUUUGGCGCCCACAAGGACUGCCAGGUGGCUCCCCUGACCCAUGUGUUCCAGAGGCAGAAGUCAGAACUCAGUGACGGCAUUGCCAUACUUGUGGGAAGCAACGACCGGGUCCAGGGAGUGAUCAGCCAGCUGGAGGACACCUGCAAAACAAUCGAGGUAAGUCAGCUGGCUCGCAGGGAUGCAGAACCAAUCCUAACACUCCUAGGGGCCAGAG